AUGGAGAAGAAAGAGCAACAACUGAAUGAGAAUCACAAGAGCAAGAGCAUUCACGAUAUUCUCCCUCUUGAGCUGAUUCACAUAAUCUUACUUAGGGUUCCGCUCAAACAACUCGGUCGCCUCAAGUGCGUUUCAAAGCUUUGGAACACUCUCAUUUCCGAUCCACACUUUGCGGAAUCGCAUCUUCACCUCCCUGCCGCACCCACCCAUGUAUGCCUCUUCAUAAGUAACUACUCCAAGACUUGCUCCGUUGACAUUGACGCAGCAUUUCACGACUACAAUUGUGCUACUGCAGCAAAAGAGGUAUCUCUCCCUUUCAAGAUGAAAACACAUUAUGGUUUUGAAGUUAUGUGCUCCUGCAGAGGCUUUGUUCUCUUACACCGAGCCCGGCAUUUUUUUAUCGUAUGGAAUCCAUUGACUGGAUCCAGCAAAAGAGUAUCCUACUCUCACAUUGUUUCUCGUAGUAAUCCCGUUUAG